AUGUCAAUGAUUCAGGUCUUUGUCUGCGGUGUCACCGGCACACAAGGCGGCGCCCUUGCUCGCGCCCUUCGCUCUGAAAAUGUCUCGGUCACAGCCCUCGUUCGUGACCCGUCUUCGCCCCAAGCCCAAUCUAUCAAGGCUCUGGGCGUUGAGAUCGUCCCUGGAAAUUUCGACGAUACGCCUGCCAUUGAACGAGCCUUGACCGGCUGCACAGCCGCCUUUCUCAACUUCUUCCCUGAUUUCACGGACCUGACCGCCGAGUUGCGCUGGGCAAAGUCCAUCAUGGCAGCUGCACAGGCCGCAGGAGUGAAGCAUAUCAUAUUCUCUAGUGGAUUUGCCGUCAGCACCCCCGAGAAGCUUAAGCUUUGGGACCCAAACAGCAUCAUGGGCAAAGCGCUGCUCACGAAGCAGACCAUUGAGAAGGAAGUGCACGAUGCGGGUUUCGAAUACUGGACCAUCUUGCGGCCGGGCAACUUCAUGGCCAACUUCCUGCCGCCCAAAUCUGCCAUGUAUGCUGGUCUUGUUGAAUCAGGAGUAUGGACUACGCCUCUCCUAAAGGAAUCCAAGCUGCCCAUGGUCGACGAGGCCACCAUUGCCCGCUUCGCAUCUGCGGCAAUUCACGACCCCACCAAGUUUACCGGCCAAACAAUCGAGAUUGCCGACGAGCUUAUUGGCCCUGAGCAGAUUCUUGAAAAGAUCUCAGCCACUGCUGGGCGACAACUGAAGGCCGAGUACAUGCCAGAAGCCGCGAUUAUGGAGCAGAAAAGCAACCCUUUUAUUACCGCACAGUACGCAAUGCGCGAUUUGGCUUCAUUCGUUGACUUGGAGAAGGUCAAGAUCUGGGGGGUUCCCUUGAGUUCAUUCGAUGCAUUUGUCCAGAGGGAGAAGGAAAGUUUCAAGAAGACUUAUCAACAAGCUGCCUAAAGCAAUAUUCUUGUGUAUCUGGUGGAAAUAACAUACGAUAACGG